CGGCGGGGCGCGUGCGCGGGGCGCGUCCCCGGGCCCGGACUGGGCGGGAGCGCGCCGAGGGGGUGGGUCGCACAAGCUCCGCUGGCCUGGCGCGCCAUCUGAGCCACUCAGAGCGCCAGGCGGCGGACACCCGGGGGCCCCACAAUUAAUACCCGGCUCUCGCCCGCCGCGCGAGAUUCGUGCACCGGCUGUCCGGGAAGGAGCCGCUAGGUCAGUUCUGAGCCCGCAGAUUACUCUCUUCCAGACACUGAGACCAUCCGAAGCGGUGCAGACUCUGCCCGCGGCCUCCUAGAGAGCGAGCCCGGGCUGAGGACUGUGCUGCGGACCUGGGGUUCAGCGCGAUUGUGCGUACCCCGGACCACGGAGACCUUGUUGCAGGCGCCGAGCGGCAGGUGGGCGAAAGCAGCUGCGCAGAAGCUAAGAGAGGGUGAGUAGGGUCGGGAAGUUGGGGUCCCAGAGGACGUUCUUCUGGUCUGGACCAGGCCCUCGCGCCGAGAUGUUCUCUCAACCGGACCCUUAAGUUGCACUGUGGACCUGCGGGAGGCUGAGAGGGAGUUCAGGUGGAUAACGUGGAAGACCAGAAAGCCGAACAGCCAGUGAUGAGGGUAUCUUCAUCUGGAGCCAUGAUUUAACUGUUCAGAUUUCAACAAGAAAAACUUAAGCUUCAUUGGAUUCCCACACCAAAGAAAAGCUGACAGCUUUCAGAAAGAGUUUUGCUUUGACGAUAAAGAAGAGCCUGCCAACCACAGGAGAGGCCUUGAUACCAAGUGUUUAGCUGCACUCCCUAAAGUUGCAGAAUUAAGAAAAAUCUUCGAACCAAAGAGAAAAGACUUUUUAGAGAUGAAAAGGAAAGAAAGAAUUGCCAGGCGCUUAGAAGGAAUAGAAAAUGACCCCCAGCCCAUCCUGUUGCAGAGCUGCACAGGGCUGGUGACUCAUCGCCUGCUGGAGGAAGACACACCCAGAUACAUGCGCGCCACGGACCCUGCCAGUCCACACACUGGGCGAUCUAAUGAAGAGGAAGACACUCCUGGGUCUUCCUUGGAAAAGCAAACUCCAUCUAAAUACUGCACAGAAACCUCGGGCAUCCAUAUUUCGGGCUCCAUGGACGUCCACAGUCUGGAGUCCAAAGCAGAAAGGAUUGCGCGGUACAAAGCAGAGAGGAGGCGACAGCUGGCGGAAAAGUAUGGGCUGACUCUGGACCCCGAAGCUGACUCCGAAUACUUGUCUCGAUAUGCCAAGUCUCGGAAGGACACAGAUGCAGGUGAGAGACGAGGAAAAGGUGACAAACAGGAAGAACCAAGCAAGGGUACCAGUUCCUUGCACUCCAGGGCAGAGCUAGGGCCCAGGACCAGCUUGGUAGAAUCCCAGGACUGUGCCCCUCUGGGGAGCAACAUGUCUGACCAGGAACUGCUGCUCAACUUGGAGAACCAACGGCGAGGCCAAGAGCCCUCGCUGGCAGAAGAUGGUUCCCCUGCCUUCUUUUCUGAGCGAGGCACCUCCUUCCCUGAAGUGCCAAGGUCCCCAAAGCAGAUGUCCAGCUCACCACUGCAGCAGCCAGCCUCCCCGAGCCACCCCGGUGACCCAGCCCUGCCCACGGAGGCCCGAGCCAGUACAGGGAAGGCCACCCAUGAGUGGUUUCUGCAGAAAGAUGCCGAAGGGGAUACACCUUCUCUUAUCAACUGGCCUUCCAGAGUUAAAGUUAGAGAAAAAAUGGUGAAAGAGGAGAGUGCUCGCAGCAGCCCUGAACUCACCUCAGAGUCCUUACCUCAGAGGAGACAGCAGCCAGGACCUGCGCAUUUCCUGUCUAUCCAGUCAGAAAGCUCCGCCUUUGAUAGGGUCACCAGCAGGGUAGUGAGCUCACUGCAGCCCAGCCGGAGCUGUGUCCUGCCAGCUGACCCUGUUCAUGCCAUCAAGAUGGUGACCGUGGGCACCCCAAAAAGUGCAUCUGAAUGCAGCUGGGUGGGGCCAGGCACCCCAAAUGUCAUAAAAUCUACCACCUUGAAGAUUCUAGAAGGUGAGUCGAGGGAUGCUCCAGGGCUCCAUAUUUGUGAACCAGAAGCAGAUGUGUUCCCAGUGGAUAAUCUGGAGAAGAGCCCCAAAUCACUCUUGACCUUGGAAGAUGACAAGCUGGCCAGAGGCCACAAGGGCCCCUCUGGUAAUGAAGAUGAGCCCACGGUUCACUCCAUCACCGUAGAACCUGAGAGGGAGAGGCAAGCUCAACAUCAGCCUACUCAGAGAAUUGGCCGGAGUGAAAUGAUUCUGUAUGUUCAGAGUGGUCCUGCGUCCCAAGAUGCCACAUCAACCAGUCACACAAAAGAGGCCUUUUCAAAGAAACGCAAGGUCAUGGCCCGCUCCCUGUCGGAUUACACGGGUCCCCUUCAGUUCCAGGCCCCCAGACAGAAGGAUCCAGCCCCAAAGCAGGAGCUGGAGCUGCGGAGUUCCCAGGCAGAAGGGCCUGGUGCAGAACCUAGCAUGCUGGACACAAGAGUCUCCGUUGCCCAGCUCCGAAAUAUGUUUCUGGAAUCAGCCAGAGCCAGCAAGAAACCUGAACUCCAAUCCCGGGUUGAGAAGUCAGCUGAAGGAAUUGGCUUGCCCACUGAACGGGAGAGAGGGUCUCGGAAACCAAGACGCUAUCUUUCUCCUGGUGAAAGUAGAAAAACUUCUGAGAGAUUUAGAACUCAACCUAUAACCUCAGCAGAGCGAAAGGAGACAGAUAGGUACCCUUCCGGUUCAGAGAUGUCAAUGGUUGAGGAUGAGGAAAAAGUGGAUGAGCGGGCCAAACUGAGUGUCGCUGCCAAGAGGUUGCUUUUCCGGGAAAUGGAGAAAUCAUUUGAUGAACACAACGUCCCGAAGAGACGUUCCAGGAAUGCAGCCGUGGAGCAAAGGCUGCGUCGCCUGCAGGACCGUUCUCACACCCAGCCCAUCACCAAUGAGGAAGUGGUCAUCGCAGCCACGUUACAGGCGUCGGCUCACCAAAAGGCUUUAGCCAGGGGCCAGGCAAAUGAGGGCAGAGAGUCUGCCGAACCAGGCGAACCUGAUUCCUCCUCUCUGAGCUUAGCAGAGAAAUUGGCCUUGUUUAACAAAUUGUCCCAGCCAGUCUCCAAAGCCAUUUCCACCAGAAACAGAAUAGAUGUGCGGCAGAGAAGGAUGAACGCGAGGUAUCAGACUCAGCCAGUCACACUCGGAGAGGUGGAGCAGGUGCAGAGUGCGAAGCUCGUCCCUUUCUCCCCCACUGUGAGCACAUCUGUUUCUACCAUGGCCUCUGCAGUUGCUCCCACAUACGCAGGGGACCUUCGGACGAAGCCAUCUGUUGACGGCGGUGCAAGUACCACUGACUCCCAGUUUCCUUCUCCUGUGGAAAAUUCAGACUCUCCAGUUAGAGGCAUUCUGAAACCACAAGGCUGGCGGCCUCUGGCAGAGCACAGUGGGUGCAAAGGAAUGCUGGGGGAGUCUGGAGAGACAGAAAGCAAGAACACUCUGACUGGCGUAGACAGUGGCAUUCAGACACACAGAGCCUUCGAGGAGGAAGCGCAGCCCUCCUACCCCAUCCUUGGCAGAGUCAGAGAUGGUGAUGUCCAGAAGGAGGCUAAACAUGCCAUUCUAAGGAGGGGGAGCUUAGAGUUAGGUAAUCCUCCUGUCACCCACCUUGGUGAUGAGUUGAAGGAAUUUUCUGUUGCUAAAAUCAGUUUGCAAGAGAAUCUGGACCUGAAGGACAAGCAGACCUCCGAGGAGAAUGCAGAUGUGGGAAAUGCCACGAGAAAGUUCUCCCUCAAAGCAACAGAGUUUGGAGAACCUACUUCUGAACAAACAGAGCCGGCUACCUAUAUUCAGAAGACAACCCCACUGUCCUGGAAGCAGCAGGACUCCUCUGAGCAGCUAGCAGAGAAACUCUUCAAGAACCCCUGUGCCAUGUUUGCUGCUGGAGAGGUCAAAGUGCCAGUGGGAGAGACUCUUCUGGAUUCGCCCAGCAAAACUAUGUCAAUUAAAGAAAGGCUGGCGCUGUUGAAGAAGAGCGGUGAGGAAGACUGGAAGAACAGACUGAUCCGGAAGCAGGAAUACGGCAAAGCCACCAGCGGCCUGCACAUCCAGGAGGUGGAGCAGUCCCUGAAGAAGGAAGAAGGAGGAUUUACAGAUGAUAAUGCCAUUUCUAAUCUGCUUUGGCGGGUCACAGAAAGUCGAGAGAGCCAGAUGACGAUUGAGGAGCGGAAACACCUCAUCACUGUGCGAGAGGAAGCGUGGAAGAUGAAGGGCAGGGGAGCUGCCAAUGACUCCACCCAGUUCACCGUGGCAGGAAGAAUGGUGAAGAAAGGUCUGGCAUCACCCACAGCCAUAACCCCAGUCUCAUCCCCUCUCUGCAGCAAAUCAAGGGGCACCACCCCAGUUUCCAAACCCCUGGAAGAUAUUGAAGCCAGACCAGACAUGCAGCUGGAAUCGGACCUGAAGCUGGACAGGCUGGAGACUUUUCUAAGGAAGCUGAACAACAAAGUUGCCGGGAUGCAGGAGACGGUUCUCACGGUCACUGGGAAAUCUGUCAAGGAGGUGAUGAAGUUGGAUGAUGAUGAGACCUUUGCCAAAUUCUACCGCAGCGUGGAUCACAGUAUACCUCGAAGUCCUGUGGAUCUGGACGAGGACUUUGAUGUCAUUUUUGACCCGUAUGCCCCCAAGUUGACAUCUUCCGUGGCCGAGCAUAAGCGCUCGGUUAGGCCCAAGCGCCGAGUCCAAGCUUCCAAGAACCCUCUCAAAUUGCUGGCAGCAAGAGAUGAUCUCCUCCAGGAAUACACAGAGCAAAGACUCAAUGUUGCCUUCAUGGAGUCCAAGCGGAUGAAAGUGGAGAAGAUGUCGGCCAAUUCCAACUUCUCAGAAGUGACGCUGGCAGGCCUGGCCAGCAGGGAGAACUUCAGUAGCAUCAGCCUGCGGAGCGUCAACCUGAUGGAGCAGAACUCCAACAACAGCGCCGUGCCCUACAAGAAGCUCAUGCUGUUGCAGAUUAAAGGUAGAAGACAUGUUCAGACAAGGCUGGUGGAGCCUCGAGCCUCGUCACUCAACAGUGGGGACUGCUUCCUUCUGCUCUCUCCCCAGUACUGCUUCCUGUGGGUAGGAGAGUUUUCAAAUGUCAUCGAGAAGGCAAAGGCAUCUGAACUUGCAACAUUAAUUCAGACAAAAAGGGAGCUUGGGUGUAGAGCUACAUACAUCCAGACCAUUGAGGAAGGCAUUAACACACACACUCAUGCAGCCAAAGACUUCUGGAAGCUCCUGGGUGGCCAGACCAGUUACCAGUCUGCCGGAGACCCAAAGGAAGAUGAACUGUACGAGACAGCCAUCAUAGAGACGAACUGUGUCUACCGCCUGACAGACGACAAACUCGUCCCUGAUGAUGACUACUGGGGGAAGAUUCCCAAGUGCUCCCUUCUGCAGUCCAAAGAGGUCCUGGUGUUUGACUUUGGAAGUGAAGUUUACGUGUGGCAUGGGAAGGAAGUCACGUUAGCACAACGGAAAAUAGCAUUCCAGCUGGCCAAGCACUUGUGGAACGGAACCUUUGACUACGAGAACUGUGACAUCAACCCGCUGGACCCUGGCGAGUGCAACCCGCUCAUUCCCAGGAAAGGGCAAGGACGACCUGACUGGGCCAUAUUUGGGAGAGUUACGGAGCACAACGAAACUAUUCUGUUCAAAGAGAAAUUCCUUGACUGGACAGAACUGAAGAGACCCACAGAGAAGAAUUCCGGGGAAGUUGUCCAGCAGAAGGAUGAUCCUAGGGCUGACACCAAGCCCUAUGAUGUGACACGGAUGGUGGCAAUGCCCCAGAUGGCAGCCAGCACCAUCCUGGACGGGGUGAAUGUUGGCCGCGGCUAUGGCCUGGUGGAAGGAGAUGACAGGAGACAGAUUGAGAUUGCCACCGUCUCUGUAGAUGUGUGGCAUAUCCUGGAAUUCGACUACAGCCGGCUCCCCAGGCAGAGCAUCGGGCAGUUCCAUGAGGGGGAUGCCUAUGUGGUCAAGUGGAAGUACAUGGCAAGCACAGCAGUGGGAAGCCGACAGAAGGGCGAGCAUCCAGUGAGAGUGGCCGGCAAAGAGAAGUGUGUCUACUUCUUCUGGCAAGGCCGGCACUCGACCGUGAGUGAGAAGGGGACGUCAGCUCUGAUGACGGUGGAGCUGGAUGAAGAGAGGGGGGCCCAGGUCCAGGUUCUGCAGGGAAAGGAGCCCCCCUGUUUUCUUCAGUGUUUCCAGGGAGGUAUGGUGGUGCACUCUGGACGAAGGGAAGAGGAAGAAGAAAAUACACAAAGUGAUUGGAGACUGUACUGUGUGCGAGGAGAGGUGCCCAUGGAAGGGAACUUGCUAGAGGUGGCCUGUCACUGCAGCAGCCUGAGGUCCAGGACUUCCAUGGUUGUUCUGAACGUGAACAAGGCCCUCAUUUACCUGUGGCAUGGAUGCAAGGCUCAGGGCCACACGAAGGAGGUCGGAAGGACUGCUGCGAAUAAAAUCAAGGAACAAUGUCCCCUGGAAGCAGGAUUGCACAGCAGCAGCAACGUGACAAUUCACGAGUGUGACGAAGGAUCCGAGCCCCUGGGCUUCUGGGAUGCUUUGGGGAGGAGGGACCGGAAGGCCUACGACUGCAUGCUUCAAGAUCCUGGAAGUUUUAACUUCGCACCCCGACUGUUCAUCCUCAGCAGCUCCUCUGGAGACUUCUCGGCGACAGAGUUUGUGUACCCUGCGCGGGCGCCCUCUGCCGUCAGCUCCAUGCCUUUCCUGCAAGAGGAUCUGUACAGCGCGCCACAACCAGCACUCUUUCUUGUUGACAAUCACCACGAGGUGUACCUCUGGCAAGGCUGGUGGCCCGCCGAGAACAAGAUAACCGGCUCUGCCCGCAUUCGCUGGGCCUCAGACCGCAAGAGCGCCAUGGAGACGGUCCUGCAGUAUUGCCGAGGAAAGAAUCUCAAAAGGCCACCCCCCAAGUCUUACCUUAUCCAUGCUGGGCUGGAGCCCCUGACAUUCACCAACAUGUUCCCCAGCUGGGAACACAGAGAGGACAUCGCCGAGAUCACAGAAAUGGAUACUGAAGUUUCCAAUCAGAUCACCCUGGUGGAAGAUGUCUUAGCCAAGCUCUGUAAAACCAUCUACCCACUGGCGGAUCUGCUUGCCCGGCCACUCCCAGAGGGAGUAGACCCUCUAAAGCUUGAGAUUUACCUCACAGAUGAAGACUUCGAGUUUGCACUAGACAUGACCAGAGAUGAAUUCAACGCACUGCCCACCUGGAAGCAAGUGAACGUAAAGAAAGCGAAGGGCCUGUUCUGAGGGCGAAAUGACAGCUGUCACCAGGAGGCUGCUUCUGAUGCCACUAGGCCAGAAAAUGGAUAUAUUUUUGGACUGGUAUUUUUUUUCUGUCAAAGAGCAAAGUAUUUUCGAAUCAGAGUUUUUCCAAACCUGACCUUAUUAACGCUACAGCUUAUCCAGGAGUUGAGCAUUUUGUAAAUAUGUAGGAGGACUCUUGGGAUCAUUCUUUUCCAUGGUUCAGGUAAACUGAGAAACCCAUCUCUUCCAUUCACUCAGCCGAGUUCUGCCUCAGCGGCCCUACCCUCCUGCUUCAGCUCGGCAUUACCUUUUAUAAAGCAAUUCUCUUUAUAAAGUGUUAUUUUGAUAGUUUGUGGAUUCUAAAUAUAUAUAUAUUUAUAUAAACACCGUAUAAAUCAAAUAUGUAUUUAACAAAGCAAUAUGUAUUCAUUCACUUUCGAUUCUUUUCCUUUGGUGUAAAAACAAUAUUACAAGGUAGACAGAGUGGCUUCUGUUGAGUUAGGCCUGCCAGCAGUCUGUCAUUAGGUGUGUUGUCUGUCCCAUCGUCCCCCCACCCCCCAUCCCCCAUCCCCAGGAGUGCCUCCUUCAGCCUUAGGUCUGGUGUGUGCUGAGUUUUGCUUCCGGUGCUAAAGUGAACAAAGACUUACUUCCUGGUGUGGACUCUGAAGAAUCUAUGCGAACCAACCUUUAUACCUUAAUACCCCCCAGAAAUGUAUAGUGCCUUGUUUUAUGUACAGUUUAUAUACAGAAAAGUUUGCUCUGCUUUUUUUGAUUCUGGUUUGGAACAUUAUCUAUAGUUUUAUUCUCAAUAGUAGAAAUAAAACAUCUCAAUUUCUCAUACCCAUUGUAAACAUUACACAUGUCAUUUUGUGACACAGGACUCCAAAAUAAAAUUUCAGAAUAAUCGUAA